AUGAGUGCCAAGUUCACACAGCUGGUGGCCUCUGCUGAGCGGCUGCUGCCCCUGCUACCCUGGGGGCACAACAAGGAGAAGCGUUAUGAGUGCGACGUGUGUGGCAAGGCCUGGCAGCGCCCGAGCCGGCUGGAGACCCACCGGCGGGUGCACACGGGAGAACGCCCCUUCGACUGCUCGGAGUGCGGUAAGAACUUCACUCGCUAUGACCACCUGCUGCGGCACAACCGCGUGCACACUGGCGAGAGGCCUUUCACUUGCUCCGACUGCGGCAAGAGCUUCAUGACGGCGAAUCACCUGAACAGUCACCGGCGGGUGCACACAGAUGAGAGGCCCUUCACCUGCUCCGCCUGCGGCAAGAGCUUCAAGACGAUAAAUGAGCUGAAAAACCAUCAGCGGGUGCACUCAGACGAGAAGCCCUAUGGCUGUUCCACCUGCGGCAAGAGCUUUGCCCGGAUGUCAGGGCUGCGGGUGCACCAGCGGGUGCACAGCAGCUUCAAGUCGUCCAUGGAACUGAAAAUGCACAAACGCCUGCACACCGGGGAGCGUCCCUUCACCUGCAGCGACUGUGGCAAGGGCUUCACCCACUCCAGCAACCUGUUGGUGCACCAGCGCACACACACCGGCGAGCGCCCCUUCACCUGCGCCCAGUGUGGCAAGCGCUUCACCCUCUCCACCUAUCUGCUGACCCACCAGCAGGUGCACUCCAGCGAGAGGCCCUUCACCUGCUCCGACUGCGGCAAAGGCUUCAAGUCGUCGCCGGAACUGAAAAUGCACAGUCUCCUGCACACCGGCGAGUUCCCCUACACCUGCAGCGACUGUGGCAAGGGCUUCACCCACUCCAGCAGCUUGCUGGUGCACCACCGCACCCACACCGGCGAGCGUCCCUACACCUGUGCCCAGUGCGGCAAGGGUUUCAUCCAGUCCAGUCACCUGCUGGAGCACCAACGCACCCACACCGGCGACCGUCCCUACACCUGCGCCCAGUGCGGCAAGGGCUACACCCUGUCCAGCAACCUACUGGUGCACCAGCGCACCCACACUGGUGAACGCCCCUACACCUGCAAGCAGUGUGGCAAGGGCUUCACCCGCUCCGCCAGCCUGCUGGAGCACCAGGGCACUCACACCGGCGAGCGUGCCUUCACCUGCACCCAGUGCGGCAAGGGCUUCACACGCUCCUCCAAGCUGCAGGAGCACCAGCGCACCCACACCGGCGAGCGCCCCUACACCUGCGCCCAGUGCGGCAAGGGCUUCACCCGCCCCACCCAGCUGCUGUCCCACCAACAGGUGCACCCCGGCGAAUUCAUCCGGGGCGGUUGGCCCGACAACCAGUGCAACACCUCGCUCGAAAUAAGCCCCUACUUCCUGGUUCGUGACGAACUGGUGUUACAGGACGGAAUCAUAGUCAAGGGCCAUAAGGCAGUGGUCCCAGCCGCCCUCCGGAACGAAUACUAUAACGACAUCCACAGAGGCCACCCUGGCGUGGAGCAGAAGCAGCCCCUACAGGCGGCUCCACAGACGCUGGCGAUGACCAGAGAGUGA